AUGCCUCCUCUCUCCAAACGCAAAGCUCUCCCUUUCAAACCUCCGCGGUCUAUCGCGGCGACUACCGAGAACGCAUCCACAUCAGCCUCGAAACAUGAAUCCGUCUCAGGUUCCGGAAAGCCCCGCAAACGAACAAAGACACAGGCCGUUGCUGUAACCCGUUCUCCGUCUCCCCCACUUGUAUCCGAACCUUCAGAAUCCCCGGCAAAUAAGCUACGCUCUCCUGAACAUGGCGACUCCCCCACACGUUCUAUCGACUCGUUAUCCUCAGAGCCAGAAUAUAUCCUCGCAGAAAUCACUGCUCCUAAAGAGGAAAACCGACAAUCUCUCGAAACCUCCGAACCAGACUUUCCACCCAAACUCCUAGCUGCUAUCAUUCAUCAUCACAUGAAAAGCAAGGGCGAGAAGAUGCGGAUAACAAAAGACGCCAAUAGAUUAUAUGCAAAGUACAUUGAUAUUUUUGUGAAAGAGGCCGUGGCGAGAGCAAUCCACGAGCGACGAGAGAAAUUGAAUACGGAUGGAAUUGAGAGGGAUAGAUCCCGGAGGAUACUGGAUAGUUAUUUGGAGGUCGAGGAUCUGGAAAAGCUGGCGCCCCAAUUGCUUCUUGAUUUCUAA